AACAAAUCGUUAAGAACGACGGGUUUAUAGCAAAUUUGUUGUUGGAAAUUAAAUACCGGUUUCUUUAUUGAUUGCAUUGUUAUAUUUGUACAUGUCAAUACUCUUUGUAAAUUAUGUUCAACAAGCUAGCUAGCGUAUUGCGAUUGUGAAAUCGUUUUUGUAGCCCUUUGAGUAUGUUAACGGCGUGACGUCAAACCAAGUCGUGUUGACAUCAAGCUACAUGAGCUAACAGAUAUAUUCAGGAAGAUCAACCAACCCAACCCUUGUGGACUUGCUAGAUCCAACUUUAAUGUUCUCAUGGUGUUAUUCGGAUAUUCGUGGUCUCAUGUGCAUAAGACAUGCAUAACGGAUAUAACGAGAUUGGAUUUGUUCAGCAAAUUCUUAGCUUGAAUUUGGUCCCAAGGAAAAAUGGCACCAAUCGAGGCAACGACACAUCGCUUAGCGACUUCUCAGAGAUGUGGUAUGGAGUCUUCUUGUGGGCUGCUGUCUCUUCACUGGUGUUCCACCUCCCCGCUGCUCUCCUGGCCCUCGCCACCCUGCGACAACACAAGAUGGCCCGCUUCAUGCCCAUCGCCAUCCUACUGAUGGGCAUCGUGGGCCUUGUGUGUGGUGGAGUCCUUACCAGUGCUGCCAUAGCUGGGGUUUACAAAGCAGCAGGGAAGAGGAUGAUCUCCUUGGAGGCCUUGGUGUUUGGAGUGGGCCAGUCCUUCUGUGUUCUCAUUAUAUCCUUCCUCAGAGUCCUAGCUACACUCUAGCACAAGGACACAGGGAUUCAAGAACGGAGUGCGAGGGGUAAGAACAUGCAAUCAGCAGGACGGCAUAUGCAAGAGACAGCUGUUCCUUCAGAGGCCUUAUUUUCUAUAACUGUUACCGGAUGACUCUUGGUUUGAUACAUGAUUCUUUUCCAAAGUGGUAUAUUUCAGGGCUAACCAGAGGCUCUGUCUUCUUCGUUCAGAUUGUUGUGUGUGUGGCUGUGGCACUAUACUCUGAACUAGCCUUCUCAUUUUGGGAGUUAUAUGUGUAUCAUACACAUGGCUGGGAAUGAAACAUUCCAGAAAAAUUGCACUCUACAAUUUGGUUGAGUAAACUCUUAAGUUUUACUGUUCAACGGCCUAUACAUGUCUGAGCCUGCAUGCCUUUAGAGAAACACUAAAGGAGAACAUUCUCUGCUCCUCCCCAAGUCAUUCAGCUUAAUACAAUGUCUUGACUGUGAGGUGUAAUAUCUUUACAAUGAGGCACAGUGCUCGAUGAUAUGACAUUGGUAUUGACAUUUUAAAUAUUUUAAGUCAGACAUAGCUACAACUUUAAGCUUUGUUAUUUCCACGUGUUUUAUAGCAUUAGAGAUUGUCUAUACUUUAACGUUCCUACUUGGGGUUUGUACAUAAUAUUUAAGCCCAUUCCAGUUUAUUCUGUAAGCAUAGAGGCAUUCUGUAUAUUGCUGAGAACCAUGGGGCCCUAAACUCAACUCUCGACCUCGAAGCUAGUUCCGCAGUGGUUUUUUUCAUUGUUCCCUUCUAAUCAAGGACUGAUUCAGACCUGGGACAUCAGGAGGCUGCAAUUAAUUGUCAAGUAGAACAGAACACCAUCAGGCUCUGGACUUCAAUAUACCACUGCCAUAAGGAAUAGAGUUGAUCCAUCGAUUUUAUUCUCUUAAAUAUUUUUCUAUGUUGUUAGGGGUAUUUUCAGAUUUUUUUAUUUAUUUUAUUUUACCUUUAUUUAACUAGGCAAGUCAGUUAAGAACAAAUUCUUAUUUUCAAUGACAGCCUAGGAACAGUGGGUUAACUGCCUGUUCAGGGGCAGAACAACAGAUUUGUACCUUGUCAGCUCGGGGAUUUGAACUUGCAACCUUCCGGUUACUAGUCCAACGCUCUAACCACUCGGCUACCCUGCCAGAUGGUUGAUCAGCGGGUGACGUCCAGUGUGUAUGCAACAUACUUCUGAGUGAAAUCUUAACAUAAAACAGUAGCAGACUGGCAUCAACACGCUUAUAGAAUUGUACAUCUAUUUCAAGAACCUUUGCAGCAUUGCUCAGUUUUUGUUAAUUUUAUAUUGGCCUUGGUGUUAAUGGUGAACAGUAUAUAGGAAUAGUGUAAUAUAUUGUUACUUUGGCAUUGAUUAUGCUAAAGGAAGAGGCAACCUCACUCUAAACCAUGAAUGUGAAUCUAAUUUCUUUAAAAUCCCUUGUGGAAUUUCUUAAACUUUUACCAAAGAGAACCGAUUUAGUUUGAACUGAAAGCCCCCAUGUCCCAAAAUCCUACUUUAAGGAUUUUGACAGUGUAUCUUGAGUAUAAAUCUGGAGUCGUGUGUAAGGACAAGGGUAAAGUCAAAUUUAGCAAGAAAAAAAAAUCACAUACCAUCAUAGGAAAGCACAACUUUGCAGAGAUCUCUAUUACAUGCCAAGAGUAGCAAAGACUAGCGAAAUCAAGCAUUAAUUACAGUUAAACUCAAAUGUUUUUUAGUAUUCAGCACCGCUGCAUGCAGAUUGUCCAAAACUACCAGCAGAUUAGUGACCUCAGUGUAGUGGUCAUUAUAAGUGCAGUAAUAAUACAAGGGGUGGAUUGAGAGCAGACAGGUUAUAGGAAUAAAUUAGGAUAUUGAGGUUGGCUUGGCGAUAACACUACUGGGUUAUGAAUCAUUAUUGUAAUGUAGACAUUUGUGGUGAUUAAAGUUAACAGCAGGCCAGAGCUGGUCUACAUCCUGGCAGUGACAUGUUGAAAGCCAUGCUCUGCUUAUCUAAGCCUUGGACACCUCAAUUCCACAGAGUUGAUUUUUUUCUAAAGUUCUUUAACUUUCCUCAUUGUAGCAUGACUGCACACUGUUUGUUAUAGAUGGUUGGUUUGUCUCAAUUUCCAUUAAGUUAAUGCUCUUUAUUUACCAUGUGAUUUGAAUCCAUGGAUUGAUUUUGUUUUUUACAAGGUUGAUUUUAUUACAGUAAAUUAAGUGCCAAUUGUUUAAUAUUUUCAUGUAUUAAAAAAUGUUUACAUUAA